AUGAGUGUGGCUUCGGAUUUGCAAAUCGAAGGCUACACUCAGGGUACUGGCAAAUUUGAUCAAGGCCAGGAUAUAGGCUACGAGGAUCGUACAAUUGCCUAUAUGUCCCCGUAUACUUAUCCUGGCUCCAGCCUCGAAGACUGGCCCUGGUCCUACCCAGAUGGCUUCGCCCAGGCCACGAGCUCUACCUGGAACGAUGAUCAAGAACUGGACAACUCUACCCCCGAAGAAGUGGCAACAUCGACGCAUUCAAACAGCCCUUCCUUUGACCCUCCGGGCAGCCAGUCGGUCUUGACGCAGUCUGAGAAGACGGCAAAACAGCUUAGGAGAAAGGCGCAGAAUCGAGAGUCGCAACGAAACUUCCGCCGACGCAAGGAGCAAAGCCUUCGGCAGGCCAACGAAACCAUCGUCCAGCUGCAGAAUCAAUCGAAGGACCAGCAGCGGGAAAUCGUACGAUCGACUGGCUUGCUCCAACAAACUAGGAUUGAAGUCCAGACUUUGAGAUCUAUCCUCACACCGCGGAUGGCCGAAUCGAGCGGCGGAGCAGACUUCUACGACAAUACUUGGGCGACAGGCAAACCUUUGACAUGA